UUUGACUCCCAUUGGUUAAAGAGCUUCUUGGUGAUUCAUUGCGUGCUUGUAUCUAUAUUUCUUUGCUUACUUGUUUCAUUUUGUGUAUUGGAUCAUUCUAAUAUUUUCUAUAUUCCUCUCCAAAACGUAUACGGCGGCUGUUUUUGUUUUAGCUUUUGCUGCUUUCAUUGGAUCAAAUUUAGAUACCUCUUGUUUCGUUUUUUCCUGAUUUGCGUUUCUUAUUUGUGCUUAAUUUUUCACUUUGUAGAUUGAAAUGGAUAUCAUAGGUUCAAAUUUGUCUUGUUUGUUCGUCAGAUACCGUUAAAGAGAUUGUUUUUUUUGUUGCCAAAAAGAGAUAUGGAGAGUGUGCUUAUUGCUUAGCUUAUUGGUUUCUCGGGGACCAGCUUCUUUGUUACAAGAUUCAGCAGAGCCAGAGGGUAGGCUUUCUGAGUGAGUUAGAUUUUUUUUGGUGAAGAAUGAGCCAUUUCAUUGGUUCAUUAUCUUUUGUUGGAGUGGUUAAUCUCCAUUAUAUUUACUUUCCCUUCUUUUGCUAGUUUGGUACAUGGAGUUGCUGGAUUUUUCUUAAGAUCACCAUCUCACCUCAAUGCUUAUAGACCUGGAAAAUUUUCUACUUUAUCUGAGAAGCCAUUUUUGGCCCUGAAAAGCUUCAGGAUUUAAGGAAAACGGAAACUUUGUAUAGUAGGGUGUAACUCACUUAUUGGAGCAGAAGGUGUAAUAAUAUUUAUAGCAGAAGACUGGGCCUUCAGAUCUAUCAUCAAUGUCAGAAUUUGAUUUGGCCGUCAUGAAACCAGAGACGAUGAAGUCCUACAUAUGGCUUCAAACUGCUGAUGGUUCAAUCCAGCAAGUGGAACAAGAGGUUGCAAUGUUCUGUCCCAUGAUAUGUCAAGAGGUAAUACAGAAGGGUGUUGGAUCUUCUAAGAAUCAUGCAAUAUCGCUUCCACAGCGAGUUAACCCAGCUAUGUUCAGCUUGAUUCUUGAUUAUUGCAGAUUUCAUCAACUGCCUGGACGUUCAAAUAAGGAACUGAAGACAUAUGAUGAAAGAUUUAUCCGAAUGGACACAAAGAGGCUCUGUGAGUUGACCUCAGCCGCGGACAGUUUGCAGCUGAAGCCUUUGGUUGAUCUUACUAGUCGCGCACUUGCACGAAUCAUUGAAGGAAAAACCCCCGAGGAGAUAAGAGAAAUAUUUCAUUUGCCUGAUGACCUUACCGAGGAGGAGAAAUUAGAGCCUCUGAAGAACACAAUGGAUGAUCCACGGAUUCGACUACUGAAUAGAUUAUAUGCUAAGAAAAGAAAGGAGCUGAAAGAGAGAGAGAGAUUGAAGGAUGUUGAGGUUGAAGAACAUGUAGACGAACGUUCUGUGGAUGACCUGUUAUCAUUUAUUAACGGCAGAGAUCCCAAAGUAGUAAAGAUGUCAAAGGGAAAAAAGAAGAAGAAGAAAAAGAAGGAUCUGAAGAUUGUUUCUUCAAAUGACAUUCAUGAAAAGGAAUCACAUGACCUUCAUUCCAAACAACAAUGUGUUGAAGAGACCGGGUCAAGCGUACCCAACUUACCAAGUGCAGAAGAUGACAAUUCUAUGCCAAAGGCCGGGUCUGAAGAUGAAGAUAUAGACGAUGAAAUCGAUCCAGCCAUGAGGGAAAUGCUUGAUAGAGAGGUAGAAGAUUUUGCUCAAAGACUGAACUCCAAUUGGGUUCGGUCGCUAGGACAAGAAAGAAGGCCUGUACACUUCUCCAUAAAUGGCAACGGGACUACAAGACGGCGUACAGGUCCAUCUCCGUGAGACAAUUGAAGUUGAAAAUAGAACAGUUUUGGUUAAGUAUGUGAGCAAAUAGAGAGAAAGAGAAGGGUUCACCAGUCACCACCGGCGUUUGAUACGUGUUAUCGUGUAACAGUUUUGAUUUUGAUUGUUUUAACUUUCUAGUGAUCCGUCUUUUUCUUUGUAAAACCACAGUUAAAAUGUUUUUUAGUUGUUAGAAUCUAUCUAGUUGUACGUUACUUUUUUUGUUGCGAGUGUAAUAAAUUGUUUUUAAGUUCCAUAAA